AAAAGAUAAGAAGAAAAAUGAUUACAUUGUACGGGACUAUCCUAUCAAUUGAUUUUUACGGCAAUCGUCAGUUGUUCAAAUACACCAACGGCAGUAGGGCGCAGCAAUGUCCACAAAAUAUCUAACAGUUAUCCUGCUGUUACAGUUUUUAAUUAGUUCGGAAGCACUUGCAAGUUUGACACAUGGACAACAAUCACGUAUAACAGAUGACAGUUACGUGGUUGGGGUUGUUGAAUUUAGGCCCGAAUUGCUCAAUAUGCCUAUACCAACAAGAACUGGUAUUCAUCUAGAGGCAUACAAGGAGCUUAUGCGAUCCGAUGAAGCAAAGCUCACCGACAUCGUGGUGUUCCCUGAACUCACGCUCAACACUCUUACGGAUCCCGUCACAGUUCCGAACCCAGAUGAUUCCAUUACGCCAUGUGAACCAGACUCUUCGGAACUCAUCUCUCAACUCUCCUGCCUAGCCAUCGAAACAGGCAAAUACAUUGUCAUUAAUCUGUCCGAAACAUCCGACUGCGAUUCGCUACCGACCAACGAUCCGCGACCCUGUGACCCGGCUGCCUACCAUCGGUACAACACUAACGUAGUAUUCGAUCGGAACGGUACCGUCAUCGCUCGAUACCGCAAGUUCAAUCUCUUCCGAGAACCGGGCACGAACGUUACCUACCUGCCGGAGCUCAUCACAUUCGAUACGGACUUUGGGAUCCGGUUUGGAGUGGUGACCUGCUUCGAUCUACUGUUUGUCGAUCCUACGCUACAGCUUGUAAAAUUGGGGGUAAAGGACUUCGUUUUCCCCGCUAUGUGGGUAUCUGAACCGCCCUUCUUAACGGCUGUACAGAUCUUCGAAAGUUGGGCCUACGCGAACAACGUCAACUUGAUCGCUGCUGGAACUAACUACAAUCUGGCUGGAAGCACCGGAACUGGAGUCUUCAAUGGACGUAACGGAGCCGUAUUUGCGUUCGUGACUGGAGAGGCUACACGAAAAAUCUUCCCAGUUCGAGUUCCCAAGUUGCAAGACAUUAACAACUCAACUCUAGUAUCGAGACAAAAUGAAUCUGAAACAGUUUCUGGUCGAUACGAAGGAAACUUGCUAAAUGAAAUCUACAUGGGAACAGAUUUCCCAGAAAGAUUUACAACAGUCCUAAUCUAUCCCGAGCAAACGAUUAAAGUAUUCAACCGAACUGUUUGCAAUGGAGACUUCUGCUGUGAUUUCUUCAUCAAUUUCGAAACGGAUUCUAUGCAGAACGUUUCCCAUCUCUAUCGGCUAAGUGCUUUCGAUGGGGUACGCACCUUCCAAGGUUACGCCGAUGCUCAUGUAUCGAUAUGUGGAGUCAUCACUUGUCUUGACGAAACGUUAUCAAGCUGCGGACUUCCCAACUACGGUAACUCAAACUAUUUCAAGUUCAACGAAGUAUCAAUCUCAGGUAGCUUCAUAGCAAACGGAACGUUGGUCAUGCCCAGCAGCUUAGAUGAUCAAUUCCAUUCGUUAGAUGCGAAGCACUAUCAGUUUUAUUCAACUGUAAAUUAUACAAAUGAUCGACAGCUCGUUCAGCUGACAUUGAACAGUUCGAUGACGAACAUUCAGACAUUCGGUAUCUACGCAUUCAAUCAUGACGAUUUUGAGUUCUACAUCGCGGAUGCAUCACCACCAUUAAACCCCGAUGAUGAUGGAGCUGGUUGUAUGGUUAAAGCAUCCAAGUGGAUUAUAGCCUUAGUUGUGUUAGUUGCAAUAAGGGUCAUGUUAUGA